AUGCCAGGAUCAUCUGGAAAAACAAAGAGGAAGAUCAGAUGGAGCAAACUGUAUUCUUUUGCAUGCUUGAGGCCUGUUACUGCUGAGCAUGAUCCUAGCCAGCAGCUUCUUGGUCAGCCGGGAUUUUCGCGGGUGGUUUUCUGCAAUGAGCCUCUGCAACACAAGGCUAAGCCUUACAAGUAUCCCAAGAACUAUGUUUCCACAACUAAGUACAAUGUUGUGACUUUUCUUCCGAAAGCACUUUUUGAGCAGUUUCGGAGGGUUGCCAAUCUUUAUUUUCUGUUAGCAGCUGCGUUAUCCAUCACUUCUUUGGCUCCUUUUACUCCAACAAGUUUGAUUGCCCCUUUGGUCUUUGUGGUGGGGGUUAGUAUGAUUAAAGAGGCAGUGGAGGAUUGGCACAGAUUCUUGCAGGAUUUGAAUGUGAACUCAAGAACUGUAAAGGCUCAUGUUGGAGAUGGCAAAUUUAUUUACAAAUCAUGGCAACAGCUUUCUGUAGGAGAUGUUGUUAAGGUUAACAAGAACGAAUAUUUUCCCAGUGAUCUCCUCUUACUAUCUUCCAGCUAUGAGGAUGGCAUAUGUUAUGUGGAGACCAUGAACCUUGAUGGAGAAACUAACCUGAAAGUUAAAAGAUGCUCAGAAGCUACACUUGGCUUGAUCAAUGAUCAAGCAUUUGGUUUAUUCAGCGCUACUGUCCGCUGUGAGGACCCAAAUCCUCAUCUUUACACCUUUGUGGGGAAUUUAGAGUUGAAAAAUGAAUCAUUUCCCUUGUGCCCUGCCACACUUCUUCUAAGAGAUUCAAAACUUCGGAACACUGAUUAUAUUUAUGGAGUUGUGAUCUUCAGUGGACCUGACACAAAAGCAGUAAGGAAUUCAACAAGAUCACCAUCUAAGCGUAGUCGGAUUGAAAGAAAGAUGGAUCUUGUUAUUUACCUUCUCUUUACAAUGCUUCUCUUAAUUUCACUGAUCACUGCAUCCGGUUUUGCGCGGUUUCUGAAGUUUGAGAUGGUUAAGUGGUGGUAUCUUUCUCUCGAAGAUGAUGAUCCAUUCUUUAACCCAUCAAAGCCAGAGGUAUCUGGUUUCCUACAAUUCAUAAGGGCCCUUAUUUUGUAUGGCUACUUGAUCCCCAUUUCUCUCUAUGUCUCUAUUGAGGUUGUCAAAGUUUUACAAGCCAUGCUCAUUAACAAGGAUAUAGAAUUGUAUGAUGAAGUUACACGUAAGUCGGUUCAAACCCGGACAUCAAAUUUAAAUGAGGAACUUGGUCAGGUAGGGAUGAUUCUGUCAGAUAAAACAGGAACUUUGACAUGCAACCAGAUGGAAUUUAGGAAAUGCUCUAUUGCUGGAAUUUCAUAUGGGGGUGAUAUAAAUGAAAUCGACCUGGCAGCAUCUAAGCGAAUGAAUGUUGAUGUUGGGUCUUAUCGUUUCAGUAUUGAUGAAUUUGAAACAGCAAGCCAAAGCUGUGAAAUGUUUGAGUUCUCAAAUGGGGACAUUAGCACUGAAAGAGCUGUUCUAGGAGGACAAAGACAUACGCAGAAUUCGAGUGCAGAAAAUUCAAGAAUCUCUUAUGUGGAGGAAGAAGCUGUCAUCAAGGGUUUCAACUUUAGGGAUGAUAGACUUCUGAACAAAAAGUGGAUUUAUAGGCCCAACUUAUCUGAUGUGACAAUGUUCUUUAGAGUCAUGGCUCUAUGUCACACAGGCAUACCUGUUGAGGAGGAUGAUCAAACUCAUAAGCUAAAGUAUGAGGCAGAGUCACCAGAAGAAGUAUCUUUUUUAAUUGCUGCACAAGAAUUUGGAUUUCAGUUUUUUCGAAGAAGUCAGUCUGUUAUGUUUCUUAGGGAGUUUGAUCCUUCCACUGGAAAUGAGGUUGAGCGGAAGUACAAACUUUUGAACCUUUUAGAGUUCUGUAGCGCUCGGAAGAGGAUGUCUGUUAUAGUAAGCAACGAAGAGGGUCAAAUCUUUCUACUCUGCAAAGGUGCAGAUAACAUUAUCUUUGACAGGCUUGCAGAAAAUGGAAGGACAUACCAACAGGCAACAACUCUACACCUUUCAAAUUAUGCAGAAGAUGGAUUCCGAACUCUGGCCUUUGCCUACCGGAAACUUGAGGUUACUGAGUAUGAACAAUGGAACUCAAUAUUUAAGGUGGCCAAGAUCACAAUAGGUCCUGAAAGGGAAGAAAUACUAGAGAAAGCAUCUGAAAUGAUUGAAAAGGAUCUAAUUUUACUAGGGGUUGCUGCUGUUGAAGACAAGUUACAAAAAGGGGUUCCAGAAUGCAUAGAUAAACUUGCCCAAGCAGGGAUAAAAAUAUGGCUGCUCACUGGUGACAAGAAAGAAACUGCAAUAAAUAUUGGGUUUGCUUGCAGCUUACUUCGGCGGGAUAUGAAACAAUUUCAUCUAAGUUUGGGAAGAGAAACUGCAACUACUAACCAACUAAAGGCGAUGAAAGAAGACAUUUUAAACCAACUUGAAAGUUUUCACAAAGUGAAGUCUGAAGAAGGUAAUAAAGAUGCACCCUUGGCUUUGGUAGUAGAUGGAAAAGCUCUUGAAAUUGCUCUGAGAAGUGAUGUGAAGGACCAGUUCUUACCGUUGGCUGUUAAUUGUGCUUCUGUUAUAUGCUGCCGGGUCUCUCCAAAACAGAAGGCUUUGAUUACACGAUUGGUAAAGGAACACACAGGCAGAACAACCUUGGCCAUUGGAGAUGGGGCAAAUGAUGUUGGCAUGAUUCAAGAAGCUGAUAUUGGAGUAGGAAUCAGUGGCAUGGAAGGAAUGCAGGCAGUGAUGGCCAGUGACAUCUCAUUGCCUCAAUUCCGGUUCUUGGGGAGAUUACUUAUAGUUCAUGGACACUGGUGUUACAAGAGGAUCUCAAAAAUGAUUCUGUACUUUGUGUACAAGAACAUUGCUUUCGGGCUCACGCUGUUCUACUACGAAUUAUACACAAGGUUUGCAGGGGAGGUCUUCUAUGAUGACUGGUAUAUGGCCCUAUUCAAUGUGAUUUUGACAUCUUUGCCUGUUAUAUCAUUGGGAGUGCUUGAGCAAGAUGUUUCAUCAGAAGUGUGCCUCCAGUUUCCAGCUCUUUAUCAACAAGGACAGAAGAACAUAUAUUUCACUUGGAAGCGCAUUCUUGGUUGGAUAUUAAAUGGCGUGGUUGCUUCUGUAGUCAUAUUCCUUGCAAACAUAUACACUCUCUCCCACAAAGCAUUUCAGAAGAAUGGUGCUGUUGCAGACAUCACACACCUUGGUGCCAUGACAUACACCUGCAUAAUCUGGACCGUCAAUUGCCAGAUUGCUCUCAUCAUCAACCACUUCACUUGGAUCCAACAUCUUUUCAUAUGGGGCAGCAUCUUGAUCUGGUAUGUGUUCUUGUUGAUAUACGGUGCACUCCCUCCUGCCUACUCACAACGAGGAUUUCGGGUUCUAAUCGAAGCUCUAGGCCCUGCACCAUUGUACUGGACAGUCACAUUGUUUGUUGUAGUUGUUUCUCUUCUUCCCUACUUCAUCCACAUCAUCAUCCAACGGUCGUUCUAUCCACUUGAUGAUCAUGUGAUCCAAGAGAUGAAGUAUUUCAGGAAAGAUGUUGCAGACAAUCAAAUGUGGGAAAGGGAAAGAAGCAACUCCAUUAAGAUGACUCAGAUUGGAUUUUCUGCUAGGGUUGAUGCAAGAAUCCAUUUUCUAAAAGAACACUUGCACCAGAAGAAACAGUUGAUAUAUAGAUCAGUGACAAGCAGUCCAAUAUUUAAGUCACUGACAAGCAGCCCAGCCUAG